AUGGGGUGGGUGGUCGCUGGCGGGUCGGGGUCACAUCGAGCCACCAUGACCCUCUCGAUUCUCGCCCCCUUGAGCUACAUCGGCUUCCUCGUCGGCUCGCUCUGGCUCUUCUCCAAGAUCUACCGCCGCAGGCAGGCCAACAAACCCCGCGCCGAGCCCUGGUUCCCGCCGCACAAGUCGCGCGACAUCUACGUCUCGCUCCUCUCGCUCGACCCGCCCCCGCCGCGCCCGAUCCUCGUCGCCGCCCUCCUCCGUCGCGCCAUGGACGACGUCAAGCUCAUCUGGCAGAUCCGCGACGCAAAGACGUCCCUCACCACCCUCCUCGGCAAAGGCCAGAUCGGCGACGACCUGUGGGAGCGCUUCCUCCUCGCCGAAAAGGAGCUCGAGGCCGAGAUCGUCGAGGUCGUCGGCGAGGCCAACACGUUCGAGCCGGGCUACGGCAACAAGAUCUUCAACGCCGCGAGCGACAUGGUCUCGCACGAGCGCUGGAAGGACGUCUACCGCGACAUCGCCAAACGUCGCGCCGAAGAGAACGCCAAGCUCUCGUCCGGCCUCGUGCCCGCCCCCGUCCUCGCCCCGACCCCGUACCUCACCCCGUCCUCGCUCACCCUCGCGCCCUCGAACCCGCUCCCUCUCGCCGGCACGACCCCGUCGGCCACGUGCGCGCUCCGCAGCCUCGAACCGCUCGGCGCGGCGGGCGCGGGCGACGUGACGAGCGUGCCGCCGAGUCGCGGCGCGACACCGGCCGCCGCCGUCGAGGCGGCAGCUGGUUCGAGUGCGUCGGCGCAGGUCGAGGACAAAAAGGAGAAGGAGGUGGUCGAGGCGGCGGCAGAGGGCGCGAGCGCGCCGGCGACCGUCGAGGAGGAGCAGAAGGACUCGGGCGCGUCGACGCCGGCCGGGUCGACGCCCGCGUCGCCGGCCAAGGGCUCGCCGAAGCUCGGGCAGACGCCGUCGACGACGCCGAAAAAGCGUAAGGGCGGCAAGAAGGGCAAGGGCGGGAGGUAGAUGGCGGUCCGGACGAGGAGCGGUCGAAGUUGCAUGCACGCUUUUCUGAACUC